GAACGAUCGUGGUUAGGUACCCUCACGCUCUCGAAGCGGUGAUAGGUUAUCAGAUCGUGCUAGUGUUGUUAAUGAACAUACCCUCAACAUAUUCGUUACAAUCCUUAUAAGAUUCAUUGAAGCGUUGGGGCCUAUGAAAUUAUUCACAAUUUCAUAAGUCUUGCUCCUGUUUGUUUAUUGUCAUUAUUCUCACGAAAUUCUGGAAAUUCACAAAGUGGCGAUGUCUGUAAGCUUCUCAUAGAAAUUUUUAUAGACAAAUUGUGUAUAGAAAUAACUUCCUCUAUUUGGGUCGACGAGGGAGAUGUCCCAGUAGAAACAGUUGAAACUAAAAGUAAACAGAAGACUUGGAGACAGUAAACAAUUGAAAUUGACCUUUCAAUUCCAAUUGAAACAUUUCCCUUUGAUAUUCUCUGCAACGAGUACUGGAAAAAAAGUGUAAGGUGACCUCCCCAGUGGAAGAAUGUGAUAUAAAAAUAAGAACAAACGAAUGAGGUUAGGACUCUUUCAACUACGACCAUGACAAUAUAUCACGGAGAUUUCAGUCUCUGCCGAUUGGCAGCGAUUGCAGUUUCCAAACAGCUAUGGAGGCAUUCGGCCUUGAGAGACGCUAUGGAAUCCUGCAUAAGAGAUAAAACCUAUCCCGGAUCGAUAAUGCCUCGUACUGUAACAAGUGUGCUGAAUCAUUUGAUUCUCUCUAAACCAGUAAAAGAUGAAUUAAUGUUCGCAGUGGGAGCAAUGGGAUCGCAGAUAUUGGAUAUUUUUAAUGAUUUAGAAGUUGUGUUUCGUGGCGUUAGAAUAGGGUCCUUAGAUCAGGAAUGGGACAAUCUCGGCGAUUACAUGGAGCACAUUCAUUGGAUUGAUUAUAAAUUUUUGGAUAUAGCUGACACACUAAGAUCAUUGUACUUUUCCAACUGCCUCCCAGUGAGUUCCGCUACGUGGGCUGUAUUCUGCAGAUGUUGCCUUGAAGACUGUAUCAUAGAUCUUUGGGGAAAACUACCAGAUGUGGAGCGAAUUAUUAAUUGGAGAGAUCGUUAUAUGAACGUUCAUUAUGGAUUGGAAGAUGUUUGUCCAGUUUAUUGGAUGGCUCGUAUGCAGAAUGAGCUAGAUGGCGAGAUCAGCAGUGACAUUCUUAGCUCAUUUCGCAUAUAUAAUCUUGAUUAUUAUGAUCCUAAUUAUCAGCUCCCAGAGAUUAUGUUUCUUAAUGCGUUUGUCGGUGGCAAUUAUUCGGCUUUUCAAUAUUUUUGGAAGUUAUUGGACGACUACCAAAAGAUUAGAAUAAUUACGAAUAUUGGUCAAAUAUUAAUCAAUUGUGAGGAUGAUACCGUUGCACGAGAUUUGCUUCGUCCAGGGCAAAAAAUAGGGUCCUUUUUUAUUUUAUUCUUCCUGCAAAAAUCAUCUCUUUACAAUCUCGAUGAUGUAAAGAUUAAAUUAUUGGGUUUUACGAGUGUACUGAAACAGCUAUUAGAGUGCUGGCCUUAUGAAAAUCUAUUCCUGGUGGCGCUCAGAGAAUCUGCGGAUCAUAACGAUACGCUUGACUAUGCUACCAUAUUAUGUGAUAUUUUUAAUAAUAUUCAUUCUCAAGAUCGAUUCCUUGAAUAUGAUGUGAAAUAUCGCAUGAUUUUUUAUGAACUUUGGGCAAUGAAACCGAAGAAUUUGAAAAAGGCUGCUGUUGAUUGUCAAGUGUUGGUUAUGUUACAGACAUUGCACGAUGUCAACUUAUACAAUCACAUCCUGAGGGAUGAAGAAUUAGUGGGAAGGAGGAAGGAAAUAUUAAAUUUAAUAAUGUCUGGAUGGUUCGCGACGGACACAGAUUUUCAUGCUGAAUUCGUGGAAAAAGUUCUUAUCUCUCCAGAGGAAAAACUGUGGUUCAGGUGUCAGUCCAUCUUGCCUUCGGAAAAUAGGACAUGGCUCAAGUGAUUGUUAAUAAGGAGAAGAGGACCAAGGCUCUCUUUUUAUGAAACACUUAUCUAAAUCAACAAAAUCUGAAUUUAUGUUCCUCCUUCUUGAAAAUAAUUCAUACAGAUAUUUGUAUUAAUUAAACAAUGAAUUCUCGAA